CCUUAUUCACUCCCCCAGAAGAAAAGAAAUCUCAAAUUUUUAUUACAUUUUCCUCUGCCAUCGCCAACGAUGAAGAAAGCAGAGCUUGUGUUCAUCCCUCUAGCAGGCGCAGGCCACUUGGUUCCCGAAGUUGAGUUUGCAAAGCAAUUGUUAGAGCGAGAUGAUGGACGUUUCUCAGUGACUGUUCUUCUCAUGGAUUCUAUUUUUACUGGAAAUUUUGUUACACAUACGUUAUAUAAACCGCUUGCAGAAUCUAAUACUCCAAUAAGGUUCAUCAAUCUUCCUCCUCCUGUAGACUUUUCUCCUUCAAUAGAUGCUCAUAAAUCUAUAGAAAAGUAUAUGGUUGAGUUCAUAGAUUCUCAUAAAACUUGUGUUAAAGAAGCGAUUGUCAAGCAUGUGAUUUCCAGUUCUAAUUCAGCUACACUUGCUGGGUUGGUACUUGAUAUGAGUUAUGCAUCAAUGAUCGAUGUGGGAAAUGAACUUGGUGUUCCUUCUUAUUUGUUCUUCCCUUCUACUGCAGCUUUUCUUGGUCUCAUGCUGUACCUUCCAACUCGACAUGAUGAAGUUGGAAGAGGAUUUGAAGAGUUUGAUGGUGAGUUGAUGAUCCCUAGUUAUGUUAAUCCGGUUCCAAGCAGUGGUCUGCCGGAGGUUCUGUUAAACAAGUACGGUGGCUACGCUACAUUAAUGAACCUUGGAAGAAAAUUCAGGGAGACCAAAGGGAUUAUUGUGAACACAUUCCAGGAGCUGGAAUCUCAUGCGGUUAAGUCUUUGUUGAAUGAUUUUGAUCAUAUGCCACCAAUUUACACAGUCGGACCAGUUAUUGAUGUAAAGGGACGUCAGAGUGAUGAGACAGAAAAAGCUGAUGAGAUAAUGAAAUGGCUUGAUGAUCAGCCUGAUUCAUCAGUUGUUUUCUUGUGCUUUGGAAGUGGAGGGAGCUUUGGUGAAGAACAAGUCAAAGAAAUUGGAUUUGGAUUGGAGCAAAGUGGGGUAAGGUUCUUGUGGUCUUUACGGAAACCACCACCAAAUGGCAAAUUUGAAGGUCCUAGUGAUUACAAGAGUGAUAAUCUCCAGGAAAUCUUACCAAAUGGGUUCUUGGAAAGAACAAAGGAAAAGGGUUUGGUGUGUGGACGGGCACCACAAAAGGAGGUGUUGGCUCAUAAAUCAGUGGGAGGAUUUGUGUCACAUUGUGGGUGGAAUUCAAUCUUGGAGAGCUUGUGGUUUGGUAUUCCAAUUGUGACAUGGCCUAUGUAUGCUGAGCAGCAGCUUAAUGCUUUCCAAAUGGUGAAAGAUUUGGGAUUGGCCUUGGAGUUGAGAGUAGAUUAUAGGAUCACUGAUGGGGAAGUUGUAUCGGGAGAUGAAAUAGCAAGAGCCAUAAAAUGUGUGAUGGAGAGUGAUAAUGAAGUGCGAAAGAAGGUGAAAGAGAUGAGUGAAAAGAGCAGAUUAGCAGUCAUGGAAGAAGGAUCUUCAUUUGCUGCAUUUGGACGCUUUAUUGAUGAUGUAUUAGGAAAUAUGCCAUGAAUGAAGCAUAAUCUUAAUCAUCUUUAAUCUUUACAUGAUUAGCAGUAACUGUUCUUCUUAUGCAAUCUGCUAUUAAUAGAAAAGCUGCCACAGCUGAAUCCACCAAAUCACUUCCAGAAUUUAAUCCUCGAAUAAGGGUUGGUAAUUGAUAUGUUCCCUACAUCAAUGAUUGAUGGCGAGGUUGUGAUCCCUAGUUAUGUUAAUCCAGUACCAACCGGUGGUCUUCCUGAAGGUUUGUUAAACAAGAAUGGUGGCUACUCAACACUUAUGAACCAUGGAAGAAGAUUCAAGGAGACCAAAGGGAUUAUUUUCAACAAAUUCUAAGAGCUGAAAGGGAUUGUUCUAAAUGGUGGUGGGUUUGUUUUCUUGCAAAUCUUACCAGAAGACUUGGAAUUGGAAGUCAUACCUCGUCUUUCAAGGUUCUUAUCUGGCUCCUUCAUUGCUUAGGUGUUGAAAAAUGACCUUUUAGCUCAAGGUUAACUAAGAUAAGAUUGAGAGGAUAGCGAGUGAUUGAAGAGAAAAUUAUUAUUCCUUCUCGAAUUUGGCUUGUACAAAAUGAUUAGGGGUCACCCUCAAGGGAGUCUUCUACACUCCAACUCCCGACUAUCACCUAGUCUAAUAAAAUAUCAUAUAUCACUCCUCACAAUUAAUAGUUAUCUGACAAUUAUGUAAUAAAGAUAUUUUUACAAGAUCUAUUAUUUGAGCUGCCAAAUAUACACUUUAUAUUGGGUUUAGAAGGAAAUAUUAAGCUAGUAAUCUGAGCGAUAAAC